GAAGCCGGACUAAGGAACCUGCGCGGAAGCCCUUAAGAGGGCUGGUGGCGCGGGCGUUCCGCGCAGGCGUGGCUCCUUGGCCAUGGCGGAGAAGCCGGGCGAAGAUGUGGACUCGGGUCCUAAGCCAACCGUGCUGUUCCUACACCCAGACCUGGGCGUGGGCGGCGCCGAGCGACUGGUGCUCGACGCAGCGCUGGCGCUGCAGGCGCGCGGAUGUAGCGUGAAGAUCUGGACGGCGCACUACGACCCGGGCCACUGCUUCGCGGAGAGCCGUGAGCUGUCGGUGCACUGCGCCGGGGACUGGCUGCCUCGCAGCCUGGGCUGGGGCGGCCGUGGCGCCGCUGUCUGCGCCUACGUGCGCAUGAUCUUCUUGGCUCUCUACGUGCUGUUCCUUGGCGAUGAGGAGUUCGACGUGGUCGUGUGCGACCAGGUGUCUGCCUGUCUCCCCGUGUUCAAGCUGGCCAGACGGCGUAAGAAAAUCCUGUUUUACUGUCACUUCCCAGAUCUGCUUCUCACCAGGAGAGAUUCUUUUAUUAAACGCCUGUACAGGGCCCCAAUCGACUGGGUAGAGGAAUAUACCACGGGCAUGGCAGACUGCAUCUUGGUCAACAGCCGGUUCACAGCUGCCGUUUUCAAGGAAACGUUCAAGUCCCUGUCUCACAUAGACCCUGCUGUCCUCUACCCAUCUCUGAAUAUCGUCAGCUUUGAUUCUGCUAUUCCUGAAAAGCUUGAUGACAUAGUCCCCCAGGGGAAAAAAUUCAUAUUCCUCUCCAUCAACAGGUAUGAGAGGAAGAAAAAUCUGACUUUGGCACUAGAAGCCCUUGUAAAGCUGCGUGGAAGAUUGACAUCCCAAGAUUGGGACAAAGUUCAUCUCAUCAUUGCAGGUGGUUAUGAUGAGAGAGUCCUGGAGAACGUACAGCACUACCAGGAACUGAAGAAAAUGGUCCAGCAGUCUGACCUUGGUCAGUAUGUGACCUUCCUUCGGUCUUGCUCAGACAAACAAAAAAUCUCACUCCUCCGAGGCUGCACGUGUGUACUUUACACACCAAGCAAUGAGCACUUUGGCAUCGUUCCCUUGGAGGCCAUGUACAUGCAGUGCCCCGUCAUUGCUGUUAAUUCAGGUGGGCCCUUGGAGUCCAUCGUCCACAGUGUCACAGGGUUUCUGUGUGACCCUGACCCAGAACACUUCUCAGAAGCAAUAGAAAAGUUCAUCCAGGAACCUUCCUUAAAAGCCACAAUGGGACUGGCUGGAAGAAACCGGGUGAAAGAGAAGUUUUCCCCUGAAGCAUUUACUGAACAGCUUUACCAAUAUGUCACCAAACUGCUGGUAUAAUCGUAUUUUUUUUUAAGUUUUUAUGCUGUAUUCAUUAAUAUCACAUUUGUAGAUUAUACACCAAGCUUUGAAACCAAAGGAAAAAACCCUAGUAUCUAGUACAGAAGAAAAAAUUUUUAAAUAUACUUGAAUCUGAGUCACUUUCCUCUACCCUAUACCUCCCAGACUACUUUUUCAGAAGCACAAUAUUUUUUAUGCUAUAAUAAUUCUGAGUAUUACUAAUGGUGAUUAAGAUAUAAACGUGGUACAGUUCCAUGUUCAGAAUAUUUUAAUUAUAUGUUCUCUAGAUUACUGUUAUUCUACUUAUAAACUUUGAGUCAUAUUGUGCCUUAUUUGGUUUUAAUACUUUAAAUGUAUCAUCAAAGUUGAUUAAUUUGGCUUCACGAGAAGACAAUUACUAUAGUUCCUAGAAUCAGUCCACCUCAGUGUUCAGUGACCUCUGUGAGGAAAUUUUUGUUAGUCAUACCUUUGCCUGGACCCAUAGCAAGAAUGCUGUGUGUUUUUUGUUUUUUAAGAAGAUGGUUUAUUGUGUUUCGCACACAGAUAUGAUAAUAAAAGAUAUUUAUCGAAGGAAGAGAGAAAAUACUAGAUUUCAGCCUCCGUGAUCUGUUGUGUGGUAUUAGGAAUGUAGACAGCCAAGCCUGAAGUCAGAAACUAGGGUAACUGGAUGUUGGAACGAAUGGCUGUUGUCACACAUGUGGUGCAUUUUGUUUAGGGCAGUGCAGGAGACCUGGGUUUGAUCCCUGUGUCGGGAAGAUCCCCUGGAGAAGGAAAUGGCAAACCACUGCAGUAUCCUUGCCUGGAAAAUCCCAUGGACUGAGGAUCCUGGGGGGGCUGCAAUCCAUGGGGUCACAAAGAGUUGGGCAUGACUGAGCAACUAACAGACUUUUGUUUCCUGGUGUCAUCUGAGUCGUCAACUUCAUUAAUAUUUGUGUUUUAUUAAGUAAGCACCUACUAAAUGUAAGACACUAGUGUUUUUUAUCCUUCAAGGCCUAACUCAGAUGCCACUGCUGGGAAGCUUUCCUUGACCCUCUACCCAACUCCCGAACUGGAAGCAGCCUUCCCCUUCCACAUGUUCUGACCCUCUCAUAGCACUUACCAGUCUUAAAGUUAGUUAUUUACCUGUUGGUCUAAGUGCACACGGGGCUUCCCUGAUGGCUCGGUAAAGAAUCCGUCUGCCGGUGCAGGUGAUGCAGGUUUGAUCUUUGGGGCGGGAGGUUCCCCUGGAAAAUCCCAUGGACAGAGGAGCCGGUGGGCUACAGUUCAUGAGGUUGCAAGAGCCAGAUACCACCACCACCACCUGAGUACAAAUAAACAUAGAGCAGUUUCCAGUGUAUCUUUAAAGCAAAAUUCAUUUUUAAAAAAUAAUAAAGAUCACUGGCCAAAGGCUCCACAUUAAUCAACUCUAAGAGCAAAGACCUGAGAGCCUAAUUAACUGAUAUGACUUUAGGCAAAUUGCUUGAUCUCUGGCUCAGCUUCUUCAUCUGUGAAGUGGAGUAACUGUACUCUUGUACUUUGCUCAUAGGGUUGUGAUGAGUUAUCAUAUAUAUGUAAAGUAAAGUAGUAGUUGGCACAGAGAAUGGGCUGUGUAGAUGCUAGCUAGUUUUGCAGUUUGGGGCUAUCAGAAAUGACUACAGAAGUUCCACAUGGGUGCCUGCUGCACUGCUGUAUUGUUCUCUGAGGUUCUUUAGAGGCUGGAGUUUCAGGUUGUGAUUUGUCAUGUCUGUCUAUAUGCCAGAAGUAUUUUAUCACUGUACCAACAAGAAGUUCUCUAAAAUGAGAGUGUCAGGUUUAUUGAGUCUCAUGGAAUGAGAAGUUCAGUUGAGUUCUCUUCGGUGUUGUGAACACUUGCCACCCGGUAAAAUGGAUCAUUCCAUCUUUUGUGAUUUGGUGCGUGUGUUUCUCAGGGAACAGCAGCCUUUCCAGAAAGACCUGAUGACUCUGUCCACUGGGUUUAGGAAAGACAGACUCAGUCAUGCUUUGAGCCAUAACUGGUGCUUACCCAUUCCAAACACUAAAACUUUUGCCUGUUUGACCAUUUCUAUGCAGAUCCUCCGAAAGUGGACUACAUGAGUUUGUGGGUCUUAAGUUUAACUUCCCUUCAUUGUCUUAAGCUGCAGCAGGUGACAGUAAGACCACAGAUCUGGAAAAGAUGUAGAGCCCAGCCUGAGCUUCCAGCCUCUGGCAUAUUAAGUCCUGCCUCCUAGACCUCAGGUUGGAGCUUUGCCCAUAGGAGUAGUAUUCACAGCUUCCAGAAGUAAGCUGAAGUUAGGGAGCACAGAAGCACGGGAAACUGAAGUAAACUGCCAGGAUGUUAACAUUAGUAAUUCUAACACUUAACUGUGGCCACGUCAGACAGCUCACUUAAUCCUAACAGGUCUAUGAAGCUUCGGUGCUCUUCCCUUUAGAGAUUAGUAUGGUUAAGCAGUUGCCUGUGUCGCACAGCCUGGAGAGAUGAGCAGCGUCUCAAGGCUUUCAGAUUCCUGAGUCCAACCACUGUGGCAUUCUUCAGGGUACCUCCACCCUGCCCAAGCUGGUGUGUGUGUAUUCAGUCAGAAGUCCUCUACCCUACUGCAGGCACAGCUGUUCAGGUCCCCAGGUUUAGAAAGGCGUUGUUUGUUACUCAUCUUCCCUUUUCAGAGCAAUCUUCUAAGGUGGAUAUGAUUGUCCCUCAUUUUAUACACAAGGAAGCUCAGAGAGAUGAAAGACUUGCUGAAAGGCACAAUUGAAGCGUGAGUAGACCGGGAUUCGACUCCAAUUACCUGAUCCAUCCUGGAUGGUACUAUAGCAGAAUUUUUCAGCCAGCUCUCCUUUGACAAGCAUAAAUAUCAUAUGACCGUUAAUACUUUGUGAAAUUCAGAAUAAGUACAGCAUUCUUUGAUUCAAAGCAAAGCUGGGGGACAGGAUACUGUGUCUUCAGAUUAGUGCUCUGAACCUAAAAGAGGUACUGGCAUCCCACAUGGACCCCAUUGCUCUAUUGCCAGCCCUGUGAGGAAUCCUGCUCAGUAGCCCUCACUGAGUAACACUGGGUCAUUCAAAGUCCUAGUGGAGUUAUCAGGGUCAUUUACUUUGACAAAGCAGAAAUUCAAGCUGAUGUAACUCAAAAGAUUUUGGGUUUUUUGAUUUUUUAAUAUUGUUUUAUUUAUUUGCUUGUGUUGGGUCUUAGUUUCAUGAUGCGGGAUACUUCCUUGCAAGGGCACAGACUUGCUAGUUGUGCACUCCAGAGCACUUCAGCUUCAAUAGUUACAACAUGAACUUAGUUGCUCCACAGCAUGUGGCCUCUUUUUUCCCCAACCAGGAAUUGAACCCAAAUCCUGUGCAUUGCAAGGCAGAUUCUCAACCGCUGAACCACCAGAGAGGUCACUCAAAGGGUUUUAAGAGUUGGGUGUUUGAAAGAACCCAUGCCAGAAAACACUGUCAUGCCCGCCCCCUGCUCUCCAAGCCUGGGUGAACUGGAGAUGGGAGACGAAAGGUUCUUUCUCAUGCACUCUCUUUCAAAGAGGUGGCUGUUUUCCCAUGUCAGCUCACAUUAAUGCCACUGUUGACCCCUGUUGCCCUUCAUGGAUCUCCACCAGUUAGCUCAGAUUCUAUACACACACACGCGCGUGCGCAAGUUGGAGGUUGGGGUCGAGGCAUGUACAUAGAAAAGAUGUCCACUCGGUCAGCUAAGGGAGAGCAGUAUUGUGGUUCUUCCUGUUUGGAAAGGAUCUAAUGACUAAUGAUACUGAACUCCUGUUUGGGAAGGCUUUAGAGUUGGCAGAGCUCUUUUUUUUUUUUGUAAGUUUAAUUGGAGGCUAAUUACUUUAUAGAACAUGGAAAUAAGAUUUAAGAUGCUUAAUUAGAGAGUAUUUGUGUUCUUAAGAAUACUGUAUUUAUGGGGUUGGGUUGUGGCAGAGCUCUUUUCAGCAUCACUCCAGGUAAUUAUUGUAGCCAUGCUCACUGUGGAAAAGCUGAGGCUUACAGCUGUGAAGCCCUGGACCAGGUCGAGAAUUCUUUCAGUUGUACUAUGGAUGCUUCAUCAAUAAAUGCCUGGCCACCUUCUGACCAGCCCAGUAUGCCGGUUUAACUAUCUUCUUCCUUAAAGAAAAUGAGGCACUUGUACACUCCCUUGCCCUGCCUUCUGCUCAUCCCCUAUCCCUGUUGAUCAUCAGCCCUUUUGCCUCCACCUCGGCCAAAUCACUGUUGUGUGACCUCCUUUCUUUGCAUUUCCAGGUCCCAGAAUCAAGUCCACUCAGAGCUGACUAGGACCCCAGAAAUCACUCAUUGUGAUUCAAAUGUGCUUUUCCAUGGGUGGGAAUACAGGCCCCCAGAGCACGGGACCUGCCUGAAGUCAUGCAGGGACCGUUGAAGCCCUCUGAGUUCAUUCUGAAGUGCCUCACACCACCUCGACUAUCAGAAGCCCCUUAUCUCAGGCCACUUUGAACUCCUUACUCCUUCAUUCCUAACCUCAGUCCCCUGCAGCUGUAUCCCCAACAGCCUGUGAGGGUGCCACCGUCCAGACACUAGUGCCUGCUAGCUGAGGGGUGGGGGGCUCAGCUAGUGACAGCUGUCCUCUGAUUAAACAGGAACCCUUGAGAGAGGGAAUAGGCAGGGAUUUCACCGUGCUGACUCUGAGCCAAGUGGCUGCUGGAGCCAGCACUCUCCUUGCCCAGAGGAUGAGGAUUAGGUGGAGCUCACAGUAAGGGUGAAUCACUGGUGAUCCAGAAACAGGACCACAAGCAAGUGCUGAACUGUUAAGUAGGGAGCACUAUCACUAGGCCAGCCACUGAUGUCUUUUGAGACAAAUACAGCCUAGAUGUCUCUCGGGGGUUGUGUGUAUGUAUGUGUGUAUCUGUGUGUAUUGGGGUUUGGUGGGGGCUUGGGCAGUGGGGCGAGGGGACAGGCAUAGCACGGUUGUGAUUUACCUUUGUGACCUACCACUCACCCAGGAAAUUGACAGGCAGAGUUAGAACACACUGCUAAGUUGAUGAUACCAGAUCAGCCUUUACUUUUCCGUAUUACUUAAGCCGGAGUUUCAGGGUUCCACAGCUACUGAGAAGGUGUCCUAAGGUGAUAAUCCUCAAGUCUAGGUUUCUCUAUAAAAUGGGUAUAAUCAGGUCUAAGAAGCCCACCGCAUAACAUGGUUGUGAAGAGAGUAAGAGGACUGAAUGAAAUGAUUCAGUGACACACAGGAUGUAAAGCUGAUGUGGAGAGUGCCAUGGAAUAGAGUCCUAAAAUACAUCUGCACCUAUGGUCAGUUAAUUUCUGCCAGUUAAUUUCUUUACCUCAUACUAUAUGCAGAAAUGAAGUGGCUCAUAGGCCUAAACAUAAAAGCCCGACUGUAGAAGUUAGAAAAUCUCCACAGCCUUUGGGAUAGGCAAAGAUUUCUUUGAUAGGAUACAAAAAGCACAAAACAUAAAAGGGAAAGUUGGUAAGUUGACUUCAUCAAAGUUAAAAACUGCUUUUCAAAGGACACUGAUUUACAAAAAUUAAAAAGUCACAGGCUAGAAGAAAAUAUUUUAUGUAAUAAAGACCUGCACCCAGGAUAUGUAAAGAAGUCUCACAGCAAGAGAACAAAUAACCCACAUUUUUUUAAUGGGGGAAGGUUUGAAGGGCCAUUUCACAGAAGCUCUACAAAUGGCCAAUAAGCACGAGAAGAUGUUCAACAUCAGUGGUCCUAAAAGAAGUGCAAAUCAAAACCACAGUGAGAUAUCAGUGCACACCCAUAAAAUUGAAGACUCAGUGAAAAUGUUGGUGAGAGUGUUGAGCACCUGGACUUCUCACACAUUGCUGACAGGAAUAGAAAAUGGAAUCAACUCAGAACAACGUUGAAAGUUGUGCACAAAGUUAAACAUGACACCAUACAACCCAUCAGUUCCACUUCUAGAAAUUUUGCCUAAAAUAAGUGAAAACAUAUUUAAACAAAGACUUAUUCAAAUGUUCAUGGCAGCUUUUUUCAUUAAUAGUCAAAAACUGAAAAAGUGUCCAUCAGCAGGUGAACAGAUAAAACAGAUUGUGGUACAUUCAUGGGAUGGACUAUUUCUCAGCAAUAAAAAGAGCGAAAUGCUUAUGAGCCCAGUGAUGUGGAUGAA